CACGAGUGCAACAACAUUGAUAUAUUUACUCAUCCCUAACGCCACACACAUAAGCAAAAGCAUGUCGGCUGACGAAAAAAAAGAUAAAACCAUUGAAAAUAUGGAUGCCAACACGCCAGAACCGGAGACGGCGACCAAAGAAAAUGCCGCUGAUAAGGUAAUCGAGUCAAAGGCGGUAGAAAAUGCAGAGGAGCCUACUCCACCCGAAACUGAGGCAGCUAAAAAUGUUGAGAAAGAGAUCGAUGCCGCAGCGUCACCCGCUACUGAUGACGUCGCUGAUAAAAAAGCUGUUGGAGACGCAUUGGCUGCGACCGCGCCAACAGUAGAUGCAGUAGACGAUAAAGACACAAAGGCGGAGUCGCCAGCGUCGCCAGCAUCAAAGAAAGUAAAUAAUGGGGCUAAGAAGACUGCCAAGACUGACGACUACGAGGAGGAGGAUGAGGAGGGAAGCGAGGAUGAGAAAGACGACGUCAGUGAUGAGGAAAAUAAACCAACAGCCACAUCGGAGAAGAAGAAAAAUGAUGCGACAGACGGUGCUAAGGCCAAGGCAGGCUCAGCUGGAGCGGACAAGUCGGCGGUCGCCAAAAAAUCUGAAGCCAAGGCCAAGAACGGCAAGGUGGAGAAUUCGGACAAACAAGAUGGGGAAGAUGACGAGGAGGGCGAGGGCGAUGGCCUCGAUGAGAAUAACGAGGUGGCCGAGGAUGACGAAAAUGUUGUGGCUCUGGCCGAGAUUGAUCGCAUUAAUGAGAAUAUUAAUAAGACACGAGUGGAUGGUCUCCAGGUGCUACAUUCGCUCUGCUUUGGCGCACAAGGAAAAAAUAAUGUGGUGAAAAAGAAUCUGCGUUCUUUUGCUGGAUUUGAGUUUGCCAAGGAUUCGUCGGAAUACAAAAAGAAAUAUGAAUCCAUCAAGAAGGUGGAUAACAAAUCUUUGCGUAGUAUCUGCGAGAUUCUCACAUUAGAUCGCAAGGGAAGCAAGGAUGAGAUCGCUUCGCGAGUGCUCAAAUUUCUAAUGGAGCCGGAUGAGUCGCUCUGCAUUGAACAGGGUGAGGAGGAAGAGGAGGAGAUGGACGAUGAAGAUAUCGACGAAGAUGAUGAUGCUGCCAGCGAAGACGAUAAGAAACGCAAGAGCAGCAAAACGAGCGCCGGCGCCGGCAGAGGCUCAGCUCGCAAUUCCACUGGACGUCCAAAGCGUUCAACGGCGGGCAAAAAAAUGUCCGCAUAUGUAGACUUAUCAAGCUCUGAGGAGAGCGAGCACAAAGUGACAGUGGCUAAGCGGAGACGAAAUGAUGAUUCUGAAUCUGGCUCAGAUUACAAUCCUUCGGGAAAUUCAGACUCGGACGCGGGGCGUGGCGGUGGCGGCGGUGGUGCAUCUGGAGCCGGUCGCAAACUCGGAGCUCGUGGCAGUCGAGGGCGCCCAGCACGCAAGAGUCGUCGAAGAAAUUCAGAUUCCGAGGACGAAGAAGAAUCUGAGCUAUCAGAUGCAGAUAGUGAUGUGCCUAAGCGCAAGCGAGGAACUUCUGGCAAGCGUGGACGAUCUGCUGCGGCCGCUCCGGCCGGCAGACGAGGACGUGGACGAGGCGCUUCGGCGCGAAAGCGCAAGGACUCGGAAAGUGACGAGGAAGAAGUAUCAGAAGAUGAAGAAGAGGAAGAAUUGUCAGACUUUGGCAGCGACCAAAGCGAGGAGGAACGUCCCAAAAAGAGUAAGAAGCCUACAACGCCUGCGAAAAAUAGCAAAGCCAACAACAAGUCAAAGCCAGCUGGAAAAUCCGCUGGCCGACCGAAGAAAUCAAAGAAGGAAACGUCCGAGGAGGAAGAUGUCGAUGACAAAGAUGAAUCCGAUGAAGAUGAGCCAUUAACCAAAAAGGGCAAAGUGGCAUUCCCAACGGACGAACAAAUACGCGGCUAUGUCAAAGAAAUAUUAGAUAAGGCCAAUCUCGAAGAGAUUACCAUGAAAACAGUGUGCAAACAAGUCUAUGCUAAGUACCCAGAUUUCGAUUUAACAGAUAAGAAGGAUUUCAUAAAAGCCACAGUUAAAGCGUUAAUUGCGACAUAAAACUACACACAAGAGAAAAAGCCUUGGAAAGGGCCAGCAAGCAGUAAAACUUGUAUCAAAUAACAUUAACAACAACAACACCAACACAACAAGCGACCGCAAAAGCAACCAGAUUUUGCCACUUUUUGAGAGCUGCUGCGGCAACAAAGAAAUACAUCUAGUUUUCCUAUAAGCGUAUAAUUUGUACUCUUUAAAACUAACUAAACAAAAAACAAAACUCAACCUUAAACGGAUUAUGUCCUUUUCCCAUAUAUGCAUGUGAAUAAUGUAUAUAUGUAAACGUAAUUUUUAAACACUUUAAUAUUCAUUUUCUUUAUGAAUACCUGCGCUCUCAAACGGCUCUACAAAAAGUGUGUAAUUUAAGCAAACUGAAAGAUAGCAAAAGAACAUUGUAAAAAAAAAGUUACAAACAAAAGCAGAACACAAUUUAUACAUUUAAAUGUAGUGCUGAUUGAUUUGACGUUCAAAAUUAUGUAUUU